UGGAAACAGAAUCAACUUUGGAUUAAUCUAGCAGACAUCGUCUUGGAUCUUCUGGAAAAAUGAAAUUCUUUGUCAUUGCCUUUGCUGUGAUCGCAGCUGCCUCGGCGGCCUCCAUUGCCACGGAUUACCUGCCGCCGGUGGACAACAACCUGGAAGAAGCUUCCGAGGCCAUCGCCGUGGAGACUCCUCUGGCCGAUGAUGGUUACCGCUACAAGACCGUGCGUCGCCUCAAGCUGCGCCACCGUCGUUAUGUCAGUGAGCUGCCCUCUGGAGAGUAUCUGCCCCCAGCUGAGGAGGCCGCCUCUGAGGUUGUUGGUGUAGAGACUCCCCUGGCUGAUGAUGGUUACCGUUACAAGACCGUCCGUCGUGUGAUCCGUCGUCGUCGUGAUGUUAACGAGCUUUCUGCUGAGUACCUGCCCCCUGUUGAGGAAGCCGCCUCUGAGGCUGUGGCUGUUGAGACUCCCCUGGCUGAUGAUGGCUACCGUUACAAGACCGUUCGCCGUGUGAUCCGUCGUCGUCGUGACGUCAACGAGCUGCCCUCCGGUGAAUACCUGCCCCCAGCUGAGGAGGCCGCCUCCGAGGUUGUGGAGACUCCCCUGGCUGCCGAUGGUUACCGCUACAAGACCGUUCGCCGUGUGAUCCGUCGUCGUCGUGAUGUGAACGAGCUGCCUUCUGGAGAAUACCUGCCCCCAGCUGAGGAGGCUUCCGAGGUUGUUGCCGUCGAGACUCCCCUGGCCGAUGAUGGAUACCGCUACAAGACUGUCCGCCGUGUGAUCCGUCGUCGUCGUGAUGUCAGCGAGCUGUCCCCCGAAUACCUGCCCCCUGUUGAGGAAGCCGCCUCCGAGGUUGUGGAGACCCCUCUUGCUGAUGAUGGAUACCGUUACAAGACCGUCCGCCGAGUGAUCCGUCGCCGUCGUGAUGUGAAUGAGCUGCCCUCCGCUGAAUACCUGCCCCCAGUUCAGGAGGCUUCCGAGGCCAUCGCUGUGGAGACUCCCCUGGCCGAUGAUGGUUACCGUUACAAGACCGUCCGUCGCCUGAAGCUGCGUCACCGUCGUGAUGUGAACGAGCUGUCCGCCGAGUACCUGCCCCCCGUUCAGGAGGAGGCUUCCGAGGCUGUUGCCGUGGAGACUCCCCUGGCUGAUGAUGGCUACCAUUACAAGACCGUCCGUCGUGUGAUCCGUCGCCGUCGUGAUGUCAAUGAGCUGCCCUCCGCCGAGUACCUGCCCCCCGCAGAGGAGUCCGUCGCCGCCUCCGCCAUCAUCGAUGUGCCCGCCGAGCAGACCGUCCUGGCCGCCGAUGGCUACCGCUACAAGACCGUCCGUCGUCUGAAGCUCCGUCGCCACUAAGCCGCCGAUUGUGCCCACUCCCACCGCAGCAUUUGAGAUUGUCAAGGAUGCUUUUCAAAAGAAGAAGAAGUCCUGCCUUUGAAAGUCUCCAGAUGAAACUAACCAUAAGUCGAGCGUAUUAGUCAAUUUGAAUCCGUUAUGAACAACCCGAGUACAAACCCGAAUUAACAAUAAUAAACAUUUUUAAACAAAAA